AUGCCCAUCCCAUUUGCCGAGUCCGAUGUGAAGCAACGUUGGCCAGACGUGAACUUGGUGGUUGCAGAUGCAUACGAUGUUCGUGCGCAGCAUGUGAAAGGUUUGACAACCAACUUGUGGCAUUCUCGGGAAGAUGGCGACUUCGUGUUUACAGUUGCCGGAGGGACAAUUCGUGCACACAGCUGCAUUCUGUCUGCUGCAUCACCAGUGUUCAAAGCCAUGCUGGCAAGUGGAAUGACAGAAGGGCUUUCUUCAUCCGUCCUGCUUGAUGCCGAACCGUCUGAACUGUUAGCGAUGCUCCGCUUCAUUUAUACCGGCGAGUUGGACGCGACAGCACAGCAGCUGCCUGGAGUGUUGGCAUUGGCUCACCGUUAUGAAGUACUGAACAUGAUUCCGCCACUUUGUGAGGCCAUGAUUGACAGCCUGAAUAUUGACACAGCAGCUCCUUACAUACGGGUGCUACGAUUGCUUGAAGGGUGCCCAGGCGUCUUUCAGAGACAGCCUUCAGAAAGCCGGAAGUGCAAGGCCCUCGAAAGCUACGAUUCGCCUGGCCACGGGCUGCGAACCGAAAUGCAAGCUUGGAUGGCCUUGCCGGCGACGGGAAGCUUGCCAAGCAUUCCGCCAGCCGUCCGCAUCACCGGGCCGGUGCUGUCCCAGUCCCCUGGGCUCGAGGAGGCAUCGUCAGUCAAAGAUGGUGCUUUGAGCAAUGGCGGCCCAACGUCACCAUCAGGUGAUGAUUGUCGAGUGGAAGCCGCAUCUCCGAUCUCACAAGCUUUCCUUGCCGUAGCGCAGCGGAUUGCAGAAAGCCCUGAGCUUCUUAUGGCAACUCUGAGGGCUUUGUGA